UUCACUGAGAUGGAAACGAAGUACAGAUCUGUCAACGAAACCAAGGCUCAAAUCUGUGAAUUUUUGACAAGCAGAAGAGAGCAAACAUGUUCCAAGGAUUGGAUCAGAAAUGAAGACCUGUGUUAUUUCAUUUCCUCGUUUGAAAGUUCUUACCAGGGGGCGAAGCAACUCUGUUCUAUCGCUGAUUCAAAACUUCUUCAAAUAAUUUCAGAGGAGAAAGAGGAAAACGAUCUCUAACGUCGUGUACAAGGUGAACUCUGGAAAGUUCGAAUGCAAUGAAUGUAAAUCCGGUUGGAUUGGCAGUUGCAAAAAUGGUCAGCACCGUUUCAUUUGUGAGAAGCCCGCAGCUUUGCGUCCGGAUGUUCCUGAAAAGAUCCGGGAUCUUUGUCAAAAGUCCGUGUAGCCGAUGUAAGUGAAGUGACAUUAUUCUCUAACCACAAUUCCUGCUCUCUCACCGACUCUGACAACCGAAUCAGUUCUGCCCCUUGCCCCUACCCUAUACUCCUUUCUCUACCUAUGGCAUUCUUUUUCGCAAUCUUGCUCUCUCUUUA